AUGUCCAAGCUUAACGUCUCAAACAUGUCACUAGGGGCCAACUGGGACAUGGCCUUCACCGUAGAAAACCCCAAUAUGGUCUCUUGGGUUCAAUUCGACCGCAUAGAGGGUUCAAUUCUGUACAAGGACAACCCUCUCGCGAUAUACUCUGUUGAGCCAUUUGACUUGGGAUUGAAGGAACAAAGAUUGAUGCGUGUGAAGAUAUCGAGGACCGGAUUACAGGAUCAGCUGAAGAUGAAGGUGUCAGAUUUGGAAGAAAUGAAUAGGCAACGUGAAGAUGGUGUUGUGAGUUUGAAGAUGGAAAUGUUUGCAUGGGCUACGUAUAAGAAGGGUUGGUGGGGAACAGAAGAUGUCAUGAUGGAGGCUCACUGUUUGGAUUUGAGGGUUGGUUUCUUACCUAAAGUUGGGUUCGGUAGCUGGAUCAGCGGAGGGCCGAUGACUUGCUCGACUAGUUCGUAUGCUAGUUGA